AUGUUGAAGCAACAAUGGAUGAAGGUGAUGCAGAUAGACGAGGUUCUACAAGGGCAAGUGAUGAGGAAGAUUGGCAUAAUCCGGGAAAAGAAAAAACUUUCCCAAAAACAGUCUGCUUUUCUUGAAGAAAGCUUCGAAGAACAUCACAUCCUCAAUCCUGUAAGUCACAUAAUGCAAAUACAUGUAUGUGGUUUGGAACUCUUGGAUGGAUCCCUUGUUGGUCCAAGAGCCGGAAUAGAGUGUGCAUUACCCGAUCAUGUCACUGCAUUGUGGAGAUUUGCAAUGGCUGGUAUUCCAUGCAUAAGUGCACCUAAAAACACUCUCAGAAGUCGGAAUACCCUAACUUCAGGCUUCAAGCAGAUAAAAUCACGGAUGAAGGUAAAAGAAAUGAGAAGGGGAAAGAAGACAAAAUGGAGAGGAAAGGAAGUGUAA